UAAGUUUUGUGUACAGAGCGAGGUGGGUGUGACAGCUGACGUCUCAUUCAGCUUCUGCCGCUGCGUGACCCUGACAGGGGGCCCCCCGUGGGCCCAGCUCUGCAACCCUGCCCUCAGCCGGAUGCAGGCCGGGGCAUGCCUUGGGGAUGAUUCGAGGCAAGGGCCUCCCUUCCGACCGAAGUGGCUGGCGCUGAGCUGUGGGGCCGGCCGGUUGGGAGUGGUGUUGUGGUGUCUCCACCCUACCCUGCCUGCUUCCCUCAUCCCUCCCCCUGGGCCGGGUGGGAGCCCGCACGGAGAGCGGGAGCGGGAGGACGGGGCCACAGAGACAGCGGUCCUCUGCCUGUUCCCCGCUCUGCAGCGUGCUGCGUUUAAUCCCUGAGUGGUGUCCCUGGUGUCCCUGCACCCCGGUGACACCCUCUCGGAGGCUUUCACUGAAGCUCAUCUUUAUCCCAGGGUGUCUGAAAUCUCUGCAACCUUUCCUCUGGAGAAAACAGUAAGGCCCAGAGAGUGUCCGAGCCCCCGGGCUGCGUGGAGCUCGGGCAGGCGAUGCGCCAGGAGCAAAGCAGCUCCCCACGAUGGGGCACAGGCUUCUGGGGAAGGAGUGCCAGCUCCUGGCUGUGCGGGCUCCUGCUCUUGGCUGCGUGUCUGGGCUUCUACAGCAAUGUCUUCAGACUGAUUCCCGGAUGGAGGCAGAUAGGAGAGUCUCGAAGCAGCACUGAGGGCCGUCCCCUGCAGGGCCAACGGGAGAGCCUGCCAUCGAGCCAGGAUGGCCGCCGUGUGGUCCCGCAGGGGAUGCUGCUGGAGACAAAGCAGUGCAGUGAAAGGGACUGCCCCCCGGACGCCUGCAGAGUCCCUGAAGUCCCCAGGAUGGUUUACCCCAAGGCCCAGCUCCUGCAGCCUGCGAGGGCAGACGUGCUGGUCAUGACCCCCUGGUUUGCUCCUGUCAUCUGGGACGGGGUCUUUGACUCUGCCAUUCUGGACGCACAAUUCGAAAACACCACCGUUGGACUGACCAUUUUUGCCAUCAAAAAAUACGUGGUCUUCCUGGAGCUGUUCCUGCAGACGGCGGAGAAGCACUUCAUGGUGGGACACAAGGUCACCUACUACGUGUUCACCGACCGGCCGGGGGAUGUGCCCCGCGUGCCCCUCGGGGAAGGGAGGCAGGUGGUGGUCCUGGAGGUCCAGAACUACUCGCGCUGGCAGGACGUGUCCAUGCACCGCAUGGAGAUGAUCAGCAACUUCUCCCGGCAGCGUUUCCUCCACGAGGUGGACUAUCUGGUGUGCGCGGACGUGGACAUGAGGUUCCGCGACCACGUGGGCGUGGAGAUCCUGUCCCCGCUCUUCGGCACCCUGCACCCCGGCUUCUACGGGGCGGCCCGCGAGGCCUUCACCUACGAGCGCCGGCCGCAGUCCCAGGCGCACGUCCCCAGGGACGAGGGCGACUUUUACUACGCGGGAGGCUUUUUCGGGGGGUCGGUGGCCGAGGUUCUGCGGCUCACGUCGGCCUGUCACCAGGCCAUGGUGGUCGACCGGGCCCACGGCAUCGAGGCGGUGUGGCACGACGAGAGCCACCUGAACAGGUACCUGCUCUACCACAAGCCCACCAAGGUGCUGUCCCCCGAGUACCUGUGGGACGAACAUAUGCUGCAGAAGCCACCUUUCCUCCGGAAGCUGCGCUUCGUGGCGGUGCCCAAGAAUCACGCAGAAAUCCGGCACUGAUGGGCCGGGGGGGGGGGGGGGGUGCUUCAGGAGGUCUCCCUGCAAGGCUGCGGCCGGCCUUAGCGGGUCUUCCGCUGGGAAAGGGAUCGGCCACAGCUCUGGUGGCGAAUGAGUCCCCGUGCCUCAGUUUCCUCUUCUGGAGAGACUCCCACUACCCACCAAGCACACACGGCUCUGGUUUUUCAUCUCUCCCUAAUCCUGCCUCAUAUUUAAAGUCGGCUCACCCUUCGUGGUGCCGGUAAGGUCCCCUUCCCCGGCAAGGUUCUCCGUCUCUUCUCCUGCGGUUGAGGCCCGCUGCUCCCCGCGCCGCCUCUCUAGGCUCCAUCUGGCAUCCCACCCCUAUUUCCACCUGGCCUUGCCCAUUACGGUGUGAGCUCCUGGCCGAGAGGCUGAGACCUCUCCGCCUUGGUCCAGGUCACUUCCUGCCACAGGGCCUUGUGCCCGGAGACUCCCAAAACAGGUUCGCAUUUGAGCUCAAGUGACCCGUAAAAACCCAGGACACCGUGUGCUGAGACGGUGGGCGAGGCCCAGCCAGGGAGCACUUUUCCGGGCUUGGUCUGGGUGGGUUGGUGGCUUGCGGCUUUGGGUUGUUGGGCUUUUUCUUCUAGGGUUUCUGGCAGUUUGUCACAUGCUUUUGCUCUUACUGCUUUUCUCUGACACACGUUGAAAACGCCUUCUUCCGGUUUUUACGUCGCCACUUCAACUCUUUCAGUGUAGGCAAAUUUAAGAGAUCGCCCCCUGCUUUGAAAUCAUGAAGAUAGUCUCUUUUGUUAUCUUCCAAACACUUAAUGUUUUUGCCUCACACUUGAGUCGUUAAUCUACCGAAAGUGACCUGUGUGUGCUUUUAACGGAAGGGCUCAAUUUAAUGUGGCUUUCUCUGCUUAUCGAACACGUGUUUGAAAACCUACCGGAAAGUUCUUCUCCCUGACAUGCACUGUCAUCGGCCUCAUGCUGGCAGCUGUCCUUCUGUGCCGGGUCCGUUAGGGUCUCUCUAUUCUGUUGCAUUUGAUGCGGUUUUGGCGUGGUGGGGGUCUGGAGCCGAUGGCCGAGAAAGAAUUCUUGUGUCUUUGGUGCUUAAAGGUGAUUUCAUCAAAGCACAGGGACAGGGCCCGUGGGCGGGAGGAGCUGCCCUAGGGUUGUGAGGAGUGACUGGUUAUACACUACAGAGUUGGGGGAGGCCAAGGCAAAAGGAAGCCUCCAGAAGGAGUUUCACAUGGUAAAGAGGACUCCUAGGAUAACUGAGGCCUAGCUGUUGUCACCCUGAGGUGGUUUUUCCCCUAGUAAGUCAGUAACAUGAAGACAGUAGGGAGUUCCUGGAGGAAUGUUCUACUCUGCUUACCUCAGGAGGCUGCAGGUUAUAAAGAAAUUUAAUGUU